AGUCCUGCCUAAGGAAAGUGAAACCGACUGCUACCAACAUAGACGUAAUGCUUGCAACAGUAUGAACUAUAUAACGACAUGUAACACAUUCAUCGAUACACUUCAUCGUUGACACUCGACUGACCGAGUUCUAUUAUCAAAUUAAAAUGUCCUUCGUAAGAUUAGUCAUUUCUGCGCUCGCCCUUAUAGCUAGCUGUAAUGCUAGUGGCGUCGGACACAUCGCUCCUCUCUUCAAACAAUUGUCAGUAGUUCGUUACGCUCCAUUCUACAACUUCCCGAAUGGAGCGAGGUCAAUACAUGCAGUGGCCGCUCCUGUGGCAGUGGCACCUCCAGUAGUAGCGCGGGCGCCAGUGUUUGCAGCUCCUGCACCUGUGUUGCCAGCGCCUGCCCCAGUGUUCCCAGCUCCUGCUCCAGUUUUCCCCGCGCCUGCUCCAGUAUUCUCAGCGCCCGCUCCAGCUCCAGUAUUCGCAGCGCCCGCCCCAGUGUUCCCCGCGCCACCCCCAGCUCCAGUUUUUGCAGCGCCGGCUCCCGUUUUACCGGCACCAGCCCCGGUAUUCCCAGCACCUGCACCUGUAUUCCCAGCGCCAGUGUAUCCAAGAAUAGCUCCAGCUUUUGCACCGGCACCAGUCUUCGCUCGUGCCGUACCUGCGUUGCCAGCAGCGCAAUUCUCACCUAUUGUAAGGCCAGUGGCAGUACCUCAGCCUGCUCCAUUGUUUGCGCCAGCUUUCGCCCCCGCUCCCGUGCCCGUAGCUAGGGCUCCUAUCAGCAUAUCUCCUUAUGGUCCCGUACCAUACGGCCCAGCGCCCAUCCUCAAACAGUUUGCGUGGAAAUGAAUCUAGUCUUAUUUAAGUGUUAUAGUGUCAUUGUUAUCUAGUUAAAACUUAGUUAUAGGUUUUUUGAUACCAAAUUUUGUAAUUAAAUUAUGCAAAUAUAAA